AUGGAAAUAUUCUCCAUGACUUUGACUAUGGAUGUCUUGCAAAUGAUGCAGCCAUCCAACAAUCUUCACGUACAAUAUAUUGCGGAGCGUGAUGCAGCCAACACCCAACUGUUAAUCUUCGACGACGAACCCGAUGGUCCGUAUUUUUAUUUGUGGUCACUUUUCGCUAAAAAGCAAGUGGUGCGUUUGAAAAAUCUUUCUGAGAACACAACCCUGGAGAAUAUCAUCGUACCACUCCCUGGUGGAAGCAAUACACUGUGGCAGGGUGACUGGGAAAUCAACCCUUGCGAAGGAUCUACAAAUUUGAAUACUUUUGCAAAUCUCGUUCUUGAUCUUUACGGUAUAGAGAAAAUCCUACCACGACAGAAUGAUAAAAUCAUUUUCACCUUCAUCAACCGGGUCUCAGGACGGAGACUUGUCGAUAUGGAAGAAUAUCUCGAUCAACUUUCAAAAAUGUUUCCACAAGUCAAAAUUCAAUCCAUUGAUUUUGCUGCAAUCUCUUACAAAGAUCAAUUGCAGAUUAUUCAAAACACAGAUAUCUUUGCCGGCAUUCAUGGAGCCGGUCUUACUCACGGUAUAUUCUUACCACCUGGUUCAGCCAUGGUGGAAAUCCUACCGUAUAACUUGAAUCACAAGGGUUUUCGCAAUCUUGCUGCUCUUCGGGGUCACGAAUACUUCAGUAUCCAUGCAUCUCUUAAUUCUCAUCCCAUUGAGAAACGCGGCUGGAACGGUGACGAUGUGCAUAUCGAAAUUGAGAGGUUUUUGGAUGUCAUGAGCGUGGCUAUAAAAUCAAUGUACAAUAAGGGCUUGCGAAAUUAUGGUAUUGACUGA